AUGAAAGAUUCUGUACCAAAUAAACUUUGUUUUUUGUUUUUUUUUAAGCAACAGAAAAACCUUGAAGGAUAUGUCGGUUUUGCAAACCUACCAAAUCAAGUGUACAGAAAGUCUGUCAAAAGGGGUUUUGAAUUUACAUUGAUGGUAGUCGGUGAAUCUGGGCUUGGAAAAUCAACACUGAUAAAUUCAUUAUUUCUAACAGACUUGUAUUCAUCAGAAUAUCCUGGUCCGUCUCAUAGAAUCAAAAAGACUGUACAGGUUGAACAGUCCAAGGUUUUAAUAAAAGAAGGUGGAGUCCAGUUACUGCUUACAAUAGUUGAUACACCUGGAUUUGGAGAUGCUGUGGAUAAUAGUAACUGCUGGCAGCCUGUCAUUGACCACAUUGAUAGUAAAUUUGAAGAUUACCUAAAUGCAGAGUCACGUGUUAACAGACGUCAGAUGCCAGACAACAGAGUACAUUGCUGUUUGUACUUUAUUGCACCUUCAGGUCAUGGGUUGAAGCCCUUGGACAUUGAAUUUAUGAAAAGGUUGCAUGAAAAGGUAAACAUUAUUCCACUUAUUGCCAAAGCUGAUACACUUACACCAGAGGAGUGCCAACAAUUCAAGAAGCAGAUAAUGAAAGAAAUCCAGGACCAUAAAAUCAAAAUUUAUGAGUUCCCUGAAACAGAUGAUGAAGAAGAAAGCAAAAUAGUUAAAAAAAUAAAGGAUCGUCUACCUUUGGCAGUAGUAGGCAGUAAUACCAUCAUUGAAGUAAAUGGCAAACGAGUUAGAGGAAGACAGUAUCCAUGGGGUGUUGCAGAAGUUGAAAAUGGAGAACACUGUGACUUUACAAUUCUGCGAAACAUGCUUAUCAGAACUCAUAUGCAGGACCUGAAAGAUGUCACCAAUAAUGUACACUAUGAGAACUACAGGAGCAGGAAGCUUGCAGCUGUUACAUACAAUGGAGUAGACAAUAAUAAAAACAAAGGACAGCUCACAAAAUAUGACACAGUUGAAGGCAUAAGUCCACUAGCUCAGAUGGAAGAGGAGAGAAGAGAGCAUGUUGCUAAAAUGAAAAAAAUGGAAAUGGAAAUGGAACAGGUCUUCGAAAUGAAAGUUAAGGAAAAAAUACAGAAAUUGAAAGACUCUGAGACUGAGCUUCAGCGACGCCAUGAGCAAAUGAAAAAGAACUUGGAAGCCCAGCACAAGGAGCUAGAGGAAAAGCGUCGCCAGUAUGAGGAGGAAAAGGCAAGCUGGGAGAAUCAGCAGCGUAUGCUAGAACAGCAGAAACUUGAUGCAUCCAGGACAUUGGAAAAGAAUAAAAAGAAGGGGAAGAUCUUUUAAAGACCUUAAAGGACCACCAAACCUGUGAUGUACUAGUUGCCAAUAUUCCAGCCAGGACUUCAGUUUUGUUUUUGUUUUUGUUUUUGUGUUUUUUUUUUUUUUUGUUUUUUUUGUUUUUUUUAAACCAAUUCUGUUCAGAAUGUGGGAUGUAUUAGCAUGCCAUAUAGCCAGUCUAAUGCCAUCUUUGUAAAUUGGUUUCUUUUAUUUUGAUAGGUUUUGUAAAGUUUUGAAUGAACUGCACUUAGAAAUUCAACAUUCUAAGGGUCUGUUUGGUUAUUUUAAGCUGAUGUCUACCCUUUUAUUCAGAGGAAAUGUUUUACUAUUGUACAGUCAUGUUCUGGUGGUUGAUUGUUUACAGACAAAUGACUCGUUCUUCCAUUGUGUUAAACUAUUGUUGGGAGAAAAGGGUUGGGGGGUGGGAGUGAGAUUUGCCGCUGUUUUUGUUUUCUAAGCUUUGUUAAAUAUAACACAAACCUCAUACCAUGCAGCAUAUAAUACAGCAUAGCCUAAUGUUAACAUUGAAAUUUUUGAAAUAUCUAUUAUACUUUAAACAAUUGAAUAUGCAUAAAUAAAACAUAUUGGUAAACAUGCAUCGCAGUCUCUUCAUAAAGUGUUCUCUUUGCUUUUUUUCUUAAGUAUAUUCUUUUUCCAUCUAGUAAUUAGAGAUUGCAAUGUAUAACGUCUUCAUUUAUUGUUACAUAUAUUUUUUUUCAUGUAUUGGCCCAGUUAAAAUAUGUUUUGUACGUUAGAAAACAAUGGGGAUUGCAUAAUUUCUUAACAUUUUCUUUUUGUUUACCUGUAAAAAAUAAAUAAAAUGGCUGCAUUGGCAGUUGUCAGGUUAAUAUUGAAUGUUGGCUUAUUAUUGUGCAGUUGACCUUCCCUCUUUACUUUGGGUACUAUGAAUUCCAAAAAAAAAAAAGACCACAGUUAAUCAUUUACUGUAGCUUAUAUUCAUGUACCACAGUUCUGUAUUUUUUGUAUUGUAUAAAGUCACAUAAUAAACAAUACUGUGAUGCUCUAAAUGCAGUUGUAUGUUCAUGCUCACAUUUUAUCUUGUUUGUAUGCUCUAACAUGUUUUCAUUUGAAAUUCUACAAUAAAUUGCUUUCCUAAUUUUUUUUCUUAAA